GCUAUAUUGCUCAAGAUACGUCUUUUUAUGCAUCACUACAUAUGCAGCCAAUUUUACAAAGUCAGAAAAUUUUAUGCACUAAUAAUAAAGCAGAAAUAUUGAGCGAUUUAUUAAAAACUAGGAGAAUUGAGUGGAAAAAACCCAAAGAACUAAACAAAGAAAACCAAGAAAUUGAGGAAAUCGAUAGUUCUAAUUUUAAUUUAUUUUUAGAAGAAGUUAGAUUGGAUUAUGAUAGUGCUGAUCAACUAUUGCGAACUGCACUAAACAAAUUUAAAGAUCGUUAUAAUGCAGCGAA